UGACUUCGAUAUCUGUCAUACCCGUAGUUGGUUCCUCAAUAGUUAAAAACAAGAGGGAAAUUCAAGGAAUCAGUCCCGUCUGCAUGUAAACUCAAAGAGCCAGGCAGGGCUGGGGGUUGGCGACUGAGGAACGGGUGAGGCAGCUGUCUCUCCACCGCAGGACCUAGGCCAGAGCGUCUGCCAUCUCACUGGGUACAGGCUGGCACCAAGCUCCAGGGCUGUGGGUGGUAUUUACAGCUGGUGCGCCUCUACCCCUCCUCAAGCCCACUGUGUCGCUGCCGCUGUUCUGAGGGUAUUCUUGAAGUAAUGCCUGUCCUUGUGGUCAAGGACGGGCCCGGUCCCGGCACCCAGGUUCCCUCUCAACUCCAGAGGAUCCCCAUUCCACUCCUCAGCCCUACCUCAGACUGCACUGGCAAGACUGUGAAGGGGAGAGUAGUUCACAAAGGGCCAUUGGUAUCCAUGGGAGAAGACAACUAUGUUCUGAAGACUGUGAUUCAAGAAGUAGACUCCCAACAGAACAUGUCCCCGGAAAACUCAUCCAUCAAUAUCAUCCUGUUUGGUGCGCUGGCGAAGGACUGCUCCGAAUCCGUCAGUCAAGGGGACAUGCUGCUGGUGACUGGCUUCUCUGUGGGCAAUUCUCCCACAGCUCAAAAGGACAAGCUCCAUGCCUGUAACCUGCAGCUAGCUGGAGAUGAUGCCUGGAUGUAUGUGUGGCCAUCUACUGUAAGCCCGAGAGCAUCUGUACCCCGCAAAAGAACCUCUCCAGCCAGCACUGAGGUCACUAAGGCAGUGAAGGUGGUUAAGUACACCUACGUCCCACUGAGCGACCUGAAGCCUGGGGUAGUGGUGAAUGUCUACGCUGUGGUCACCUUCUUCAAGCAGCCAUUUCGGACCAAGGGGACAGAUUACUGCUCCACACUGAAGAUUACAGACCAAUCAAAUAAAAAAGUGGGCUGUACCAUCUUUUGUGACAAGCUCGAGGAACACCCUAAAAUCUUCAAAAUGGGAGACAUCAUACGCCUACACAGAGUCAAGACCCAGCUUUUUAAUGGAGCCAUUAGCCUUUUGACCAGCCAUGGUUUCUCUGUGGUCACCUUUGAUGGAAUGGUAGGCAGUCCAGUGGUCCCUCGUACCUCCAGCGAGUCCUUCAAAUUUGGGGAGGAAGACUGCCAGGUCGUGGAGGCCCUGCGCACAUGGGCGGCCAACCAGUCUCUGGUUCCUGCCCAGCCCUGUGUACCCCUGUCGGCAGUACAGCCCAAGACUUACUUUGACCUGACCUGCCAACUGCUGGCUAAAGCCCCUGUGGACAGCAGCUGCACCCUGUUGAAGGUUUGGGAUGGAUCAAAGUGCCCUCACCCCCUGCUAGAUGUAUUUGUUGAGCCCAAUACUCUUGAAGGAUGUCCCACGUUGUCCAAGGACAUGGCAAACCUCACAGCCAACGUCUUGGUCUACGACAACCAUGUAGAGGUCGCCCGGCAGUUUAAGCCCGGGUCAUACCUUCGGAUAUACAACCUACACGCAGUUCCUGGGGCUAGUCGGUUGCCAAGCAACGACUCUGUCCAGUCUGAUCAGACGGGACACCUGGGUUUCCACCUGCAUGGGGGCACCUCAUACGGCAGGGGGUUACGUGUGCUGCCUGAAGACAGCCCAGAUAUACUGGACCUCAAAAAGAUCUUGGAGACAUUCUCAGAGUCUGACAUAAAUGACUCAUCCAUGUUUGAAGUCUGGAGUACACCACCAGAGUCUUUUGGUACUGCUCCAGAUGAAAUUGCUACAGAGAGGACGUGUGACCACACUGUGGAACAGGUGAGUCUGGCUGAAGUGAAGAGCAGAAGCCCCCCUCAGGUGUUCCACGUUCAGGUUCAGCUCAAGUCUUACCAGCCUCAGAGACUCUACCAGUCCCUGAAACUCUUCUGUCACAAGUGUAAAACCAUACGGGACGUCCCUGAUGAUGUCACAGUGGGGGGCUUGUUCUCAGAAGCCCAGAAGGACGUUGGACCAUGUAAUAAUGGUUACUGGACUCUGGUUCUGCCUCUCCCCAGAGAGCCUCCUUCUGAAUCCCCCAGCCGGACCCUGACCCUUCUGAUGUCCAGUCAGCUAAUGGGAAAGGGCAAGGCAAAGGAGCUGAUCUUCCUUAUGGGGGCUACCUUGGAGGAGACGUGUCGGAUAGCAUCCGCGUACAGUAACAUUGUCCCAGUGACAUCACCACAAGGAAUCAUGACCCCGCUGGAUCUCUCGGCUCCCUUCCUCUUCCGGGGCACGAAAAGAUACUAUGGAUGCAAACAGUGCUCCCAACUAAAAGUGGGAGAAUCAUUGGGAGAAGGAGUAGAGGUUUGGGAUGAGAAAAGUGUGGCAGACGCUCUCGGGGUGUGCGAGAACACGUGGGCGGACGAAGAGAGAGCAGUAGGAGUAGCAGUGUUAUCUGUGGUGAUCCAUGUUUCCGUCAGUGCCAAGAAGUCGAGGGACAGGAGGGAGGCAUAGGCUGAGAUGAACUCUGCCUUGUUGGCCGCAGACCGGCAGUUCCAGAGGCUACCGGAGACCUGGAACUCCACGUGGGUCGUGCGCGCUGGGACCACCAGAUUAGGGUGGCCGCGGCCACGCGGUGUGGAGCGUUUGUAUGGUCUGUGCAGAGAGGAGAGAACAGGGAUAGAUAGACACAUAGUUGACAGGCUACAGAAGAGGCUACGCUAAUGCAAAGGAGAUUGGAAUGACAAGUGGACUACACGUCUCGAAUGUUCAGAAAGUUAAGCUUACGUAGCAAGAAUCUUAUUGACUAAAAUGAUUGAAAUGAUACAGUACUGCUGGAGUACGAUCAAACAAAUCAAACCGUUGUACUGUAAUGAAGUGAAAUGAAAAUGUGAUACUACCUGUGGAGCGAAGCGGAAUGUUGACCGGGUAGUUGAAGUUCUAUUCGGUAGAGGUUGGCUAGCUGUUGGCUAGCUAGCUAGCAGUAUCUCCUACGUAAGGACGACAAAUAGCUGGCUAGCUAACCUCGGUAAAUUAAGAUAAUCACUCUAAGUCUACACACUCUAAACUACACAAUUAUCUUGGAUACGAAGACAGCAAAGACAACUAUGUAGCUAGCUAACACUACACUAAUCGAGUCGUUCAGUUGAGUGUAAUAGUUUCUACAGUGCUGGUGGACGUUAGCUAGCUGCUUAGCUAGCUGCUGGGCAGAUAGCAGUGUAGACUACGUUAGGACGACGAAAUACGAUAAUUACGCAAUUGUCUUUGAUACAAAGACGGCUAUGUAGCUAGCUAAGAAGAAAUUGCUAAGAUUAGACAAAUCAAACCAUUGUACUAUAAUGAAAUGUAAUGAAAAUGUAAUGAAAAGUUAUACUACCUGCGGACCGAAGUGUAGAGGCGACCGCUCGCUCCAACCCGGAACCGGAAACAUCUCCCUCUUGUUACUCGGCCCCUCCCCCUUUCCUGAACCCUCAGUUGUUUUGAUCUUAUGUCUCCUCUCCACCGGCACUUUUAAUGUUACGUCUGCUGUGUUUCUUUACUCCACCAAUCCUCAGUUUUAUGUUAUGGCUUCCCUCCUUAGGUUGUAAAGUUACGCCUAGCGUCCGCUCCUGCCUCUGCUCAGGUCUCUCUCUUAAAUCAUGAGGUUUUAAUGUUAUGG